CGCACCCAAGCUCCACUUGAGCGCCCGCCCCAACCGUCGAGAACGCUGCCUCUACUCUUCGCUAGACACGGUCCCUCGCCGCUAUCAUCAUAUACCCCAAUUGGUCCCGCCCGCCCGCAUCCACAAGCCUCCAUCGCCCCAGCGACGCAGCCCUUGUUUUGGUCUUGGAUCUGUGCUCUCCACGUCCGUCCUACCACCGCGCACCGCACCCGCAGAGUGAAGGGAACGCGAUGGACCGCACGCCCUCGCCUCCGCGCAGAGUGCGCACGCCGCCCGCGCCGCUGCACGGCCCAAAGUACGACAACUACGAGCCCUUCUCACCACGCCGGUCGAGUCGGGUGGCCGCCCAGCACGGCACUCACCCUCACCCUCACCACGAGCAAUCAACCUCGCCUGCGCGCAAGCGCACCCUCCGCGACGUCACUCCCACCAGCUCCCGGCCGAGGUCCAUCAACCGCGCCGCCCACUUCGCCCUGUCACCGCCCUCGUCGCCUUCAACUCCUGCGAAAGCACCUUCUCCUCGCUCAACGCGCCGCGCCCAGCACGAGCCCGCCGCGCUCGAUUCCGACUCUGAGCCUUUUGCACCCACUCCUGCGCGGCGCCUUCUCUCCGCCAUGGCACCCCACGGCAUGCUCCCCACGCCCGCGAAGACGCCCCGCAAGCGCCCACUCCACACCGAGGACUCCCUGCGCCCUACUGCCCGCGUCCUGUUUGCCAACCGCCCGUCCACCGUAGAGGAUGCCAUGCCGACUCCACGCCGCGCCCACAAGAGCAUGCGCAGCGUGCUCGACCUGGACAGCUUUGGAGAGCAGAUGAGCACCAGCACCCCCAAGAUCGGCGUAUACGUUGAUUCCAAGGAGCGCGUACCGGACCGUGAGGACGAGGAGAUCAACCCGUUCCUGACGCGUCGCGGCAAGGGCAAAGCCAAGGCCGCUCCGAGGAAAGAGCGCAAGGUCGACGAGAAAACGCGCCAGAUCUUCGAGGCUGCUGCGCGCGAUGAGGGCAUUGUCUACACACAUCGCGGCAAAACCAUCUUCCGCCAGUUCGAAGACGUGACUCGCACUUCUGACGCGGAAGCCGGCCGCUCCUCAGAGGACGAGACGCGCCGCAAGGCCGACCGCGGCGGCUCUCGCCGCAUCACGCGCUCCGCCAUCAAGCCCAAGCUGCUCUUCAAAGAGGAAAUCGACCGCCUGAAGCGCGAGAACGGCGAAGACGACGAUGAGGAAGCGCCCACCGACAUCGAACUUCCCAUCGCGACGCCCAGCCGUAGAACCCGGCAUGUCGGUCCCGCGGCGUCAUUUCCGCAAGAGAGCAAGCCGGUCGUGGCGGUGACGAAGACUGUCAAGCGUCAAAUGUCAUUCGAGUCAUGGUCCCGCGUCAAGCCGUCAUCCCGUGCGUCUGCUUCCGCACGCGGCACGAAGCGCGCUGCCCCGCCGCUCGACGAGGGUGCCGAGCCUGAGGCGAAGCGCGCACGGAGUGAGCACUCUCCUACCUCGGCGUCGGCGGCGACGGCGAGUUCGUUUGCUAGCGUCUAAUGCGAGCAGAUGAUUGAUGCAGCUAUCGCUGUCCCCACGACCUUUUUACCUGCGUUCUUGCAUCUCUUUCAGGGUGGCGUUUCUCGGGGUCCAUCGUAUGAGAGCAUGAACUAGAAAUAUUUGUCUUGUCUGUCCACUUGCGACAAACUACCUUUUGUAAUCUAAGCGGAGCAAAGCAGAGCGGGCGUCUUGCUUUCUACAAAGCUCCCAGAUACCCCUUUCGCGACUUCUAUGGCUUUCCUUUCCCGACUCGCAUUGAGCGACGGCUUUGCAGUGGAUGAAUAGAUUUUUCCACCGGUUGUGUGGCAUGAGGUAAUUUUGUUUACGGCAUGCCUUGGGGGUGGCUGUGGGGUCGAGCUGGGGUUGUCAAGGCGAUGGAGAAGCUGAUUGGAAAGGGGAACGGAGUGGAAUAGGUAAC